UGUGCAGAACUGAGACACAACUUAAAAAGAAAACUGCAAUGGCUUCUUUAGGGCUGCAGAUUCUGGGUGUAGGGCUGGCAGUGCUUGGAUGGAUUGGAAACAUCCUGAUCUGCAUGCUGCCUUUAUGGAAAGUGUCUGCUUUUAUUGGAAACAACAUCGUGGUGGCUCAAACCAUCUGGGAAGGACUCUGGAUGAGCUGUGUGGUGCAAAGCACCGGCCAGAUGCAAUGCAAGGUCUAUGAUUCUCUGCUGGCCCUGCCUCCGGAUCUCCAGGCAGCUCGAGCCAUGAUUGUCAUCGCCAUACUCUUUUCCUUGUUUGGCCUGCUGCUCUCUGUGGUUGGAGGCAAAUGCACCACAUGUGUUGGGGACAAAACAGCAAAAGCCAGAGUGGCCAUCUCUGCAGGCUUUUUCUUCACCCUGAGUGGAGCUCUGUGUCUUAUUACUGUAUCUCUUCCUGCUAAUACCAUCAUAAAGGACUUCUACAACCCCAUGGUUCCAGAUGCUCAGAGGAGAGAGCUGGGUGCAUGUUUGUACAUGGGCUGGGGAGCAGCAGGAUUACUAAUGAUCGGUGGUGCUCUUCUCUGUUGUCAGUGCCCAUCAGGAGACAACCGCUACAGCGGAGCAAAGUACUCCCCACCCAAGUCAACAACACCCGGGAAGGAAUUUGUUUGAGGUGUUGCAUUACAUGAGAAGCAGCAGCUGUUGAUCAUGGUCUGAUUUUUCAAGUACAGUAGAAACUUGUUUCUUAUCAAGCUGUGAUUUGCAUGUGUGACUAACACACUACGAUCUUUUGUCUGUAAAAGAUAUGAGAUGCCAAAGUGUGUGCGAUGUUAGAUUAAUGUAAGAUGGAUUUCAUUUGCUAGU